CAUGCAACCAAACUCUUCUUUCUUCAAAAAUUUUGCAUGUAUAUAUAUAUGUCCGUGGACGCAGGAGAUGCUUGCUUCUCUUUUAUCAUAGUACUCUCUCUUUCUCUUUCAUAUUUUCCUUCUUUCUGGUUUCUUCAUCUCCUAUUAAUUUUACCUCUCUUUCUCUCUCUACGUGUAUAGAAUUGGUUCUUUCAGAUCUCUUGUAGACUUCUCUGAAGAUUAAGUUGGCUUCCGGUUGAUAUCUGUUUGCCUGAGUGGGUCGAGAGGGAGAGGGGAUAGGAUUACGAAAGAAAUGAUUCAGUUUGGAGGGAUGAGCUCCCGCACUCUUUCUUGCCCAACUUUUGAGAUCCCGCGCCUGAAUGUCCAGAGAACCUUCGCUACAAUUGGGGGCUCACAUUUCAUCAACUCAUCGAAUGGAAACUUGAGAUUAAAGACAAAAAAUGGGUCAAUCUCCACUAUUAGGUGCAAUGUCGAGACACUGAAAAGGGCUGGCGAAGGCAACUGUCUUCCUAACCCUCAAGAGAAAUUGUUCUCUGAGAAAAGCACAAUUCUUAAUGAAGAAUGUUCUGCUGAGAUGCAGCUUACAAAUGCAACAUCAGCAUUUGGAACAGUUGCAGCUGAGAUCACUCCACGUGUUGAUGAAUUCUUUGAGGAUAGCAGUGAUGGAGAUUUGGACUGCCCAUCAGAAGGUUUUUCAUCAAUUCCUGAAGCUAUUGAAGAUAUACGCCAAGGGAAGUUUGUGAUUGUAGUGGAUGAUGAGGACAGGGAGAAUGAGGGGGAUCUUAUAAUGGCUGCGUCACUGGUAACCCCAGAAGCCAUGGCUUUUAUCGUAAAACAUGGAACAGGGAUCGUCUGUGUAUCUAUGAAAGAAGAUGCUCUUGAGAGGCUACAACUUCCAUUGAUGGUUAGCCACAGGGAGAAUGAAGAGAAGCUUUCUACAGCCUUUACGAUUUCAGUGGAUGCAAAAGUUGGUACAACCACUGGUGUGUCUGCAAAGGACAGGGCGAACACAAUUUUGGCUCUUGCAUCCCCACAUUCUAUGCCUCAGGAUUUCAACCGGCCUGGUCACAUCUUCCCUCUAAAGUACAGGGAAGGUGGUGUCCUGAAAAGAGCUGGGCACACUGAAGCAUCUGUGGACCUCUCAGUGCUGGCUGGAUUGGACCCUGUUGCUGUCUUGUGUGAAAUUGUUGAUGAACAAGAUGGUUCCAUGGCCAGAUUGCCGAAGUUGCGGGAGUUUGCAGAGAGAGAAAACCUGAAAAUUAUAUCCAUUGCAGACUUGGUCAGAUACAGAAGGAAGAGAGAGAAACUAGUUGAGCGUGCUGCUGUGGCUCGUAUCCCUACAACAUGGGGCCCAUUCCAGGCCUAUUGUUAUCGCUCUCAGCUAGAUGGUAUCGAGCAUAUAGCCAUGGUCAAGGGUGAUGUAGGGGAUGGGCAGGACAUUUUGGUGAGGGUACACUCGGAGUGCUUGACUGGGGAUAUAUUUGGGUCCGCAAGGUGUGAUUGUGGGAAUCAAUUAGCACUCGCAAUGCAACAAAUUGAGGCAGCAGGGAGGGGGGUAUUGGUGUACCUGAGGGGACAUGAGGGGAGGGGUAUUGGGUUAGGUCACAAACUACGGGCCUACAACCUUCAGGAUGAUGGAAGAGAUACUGUUGAGGCCAAUGAGGAGCUUGGCCUACCUGUUGAUUCCAGAGAGUACGGCAUUGGAGCCCAGAUUCUGAGAGACAUUGGAGUCCGGACGAUGAAGCUUAUGACUAAUAACCCGGCCAAGUACAUUGGCCUAAAAGGCUAUGGUUUGGCUGUGGUUGGCAGGGUCCCCCUUUUGACACCGAUAACCACUGAAAAUCGGAGAUACCUAGAGACAAAGAGGUCCAAAAUGGGCCACAUUUAUGGUUCUGAGUUCAAUGCUCACUUGGCCUCGAUCAUUAGUAAAAAUGGCACCCCAAAUAAUGAAGUUAAAUUACCUUCCUCGACCCCUGCUACUGGAAUUUGAUUCCACAUGAAAAGGUAGCCUUGGAUCCCUUGUUUGAAUAAAAUACAGGGGAUGAUUCUUUCUGUAAUUCAUUUCAAUUUUUCUUUUGUUAGCAAUUAAGGAGCUUGCAUUUGUGUAACAUCGCUGGUGAAGUAGCUGUGAUCUUGGUAUUCUUGGGUUAUAUAUAUUAUUUUGGAUGAGUGCUUUAAUUGUUGUUCGGCUAGUUGUAUUAUUUCUUGAUGAGUCUGCUUUAAAUUUUUGUUGGCCUAUUUAUAUA